CGGAUGGCCACUAGCUCCGUUUCAUUAAGCACCACACAAUACUCGCAUUCAGUCUGCAUCGCAGGCCAAGAGCAUAACACGUAACCCUUGUCGCUGUAUAAUUUCAACAAUGUUGAAGACCGUCUUGAUUGUCCAUGUCCUGUUCACGCUGGCUUAUGGUCUCCAGUAUGACGGACUUAGAGCAAAAUUCGGCUGGUCGAAUGCCCUGGAAGACGUAGAAUACUUCUUCAAGAUUCCUCGAACGAUCAAAGAAGCGGAAGCCGAUGGGUGGCGCCGGACCGAGCGACCCCCCGGUCCACUACCAGAACUGAGGAUGUAUUGCCCCCCCGGCAGGAACGUGUGCCCCUUGUACGAUACCGCUGGAUCCGUGUCUGGACUGCAAGUCGGGUUUCCAGUAGAGGAAUUCGUGUCUCCCGUGGUGAAGCCUGAGAAGCUGUUUGUGAAGUGGCACGCUCCUGCUGCUGACGGCGAGCCCGCGAAGGACUUCUACACAUCCACUCAGUUUUACGUAUCGGAAGAAUCUCUCAAGGCAGGCGCGGGUCCAACAAUUGAAAAUGGCGCCACACUCCAAGAUGGCGGCGUGUGGGUGAAAGGUCCCGAUGGACACCUCAUGAGAAUCCCUACAACCGAAGCUGAACUCAACAGCACUAAAUAUAAGAAGCAAAACUGCAUACCUAACAUGGGUACUCAUUACUACUACAACAUGACCCGUCAAAUGGCCUGUGAGGACUUCUUCCCGUGGUUCGCACUGGUCACCCAGGGGGAUCUCAUCGGCACAGGGUUCCAAGUCAUCGGGAAGUUGAACAACAAAAGCCAGAAGCACCGCAACUGGUUUGAAGAUUUCUCCAACCCGGAAAAAAGCAUUCAGACUUCGAUGCCCCUCGCCCCUGAUUGUAUGGCUGAUUGGAUGUCCAAAUAUGGCCUGAUCUCCCUACACAUCUAUUUCACCAAUACUCCUUGGGAAAUCAAGUGCAGCGCCAAUACCUCGUAACUGCAAUCAUUGAACAUUUCUUACUUACUUUAAACCUUUUCUUUACAAUUUCUAUGAAUGUCUUUUAUACUAAUUUUCUAUUAAAAUAUUAAUGUUAUCUUACAAGUUUGUCUACGUGGAUAGGUAUUGGUAGUCCAUCGUCGGUAUUCCUUUUGUUUUUAGGACAGGCGACUCGAUUCAGCUAGCGCCGCCUCUCGACAGGCUCAUUCUCAAUAGCGUGCGUUACGCAUACCAAAUAUCCGACGAAGUCACCAAGCUUUUCAGCGGAUAAUUCGAUGUCACGUAUCGACGAUAUACUGUAACCAAAAGACUAUUGUAGAAAUAUUUUAAUAAACUUUUUGAUUGUG